AUGAGUUUCACAAGAUUCAGUGAACAAGACAGGAAUUUAAAUUGCAUUGUCUACAAUGAGGAAUUUAUGGAAUGUAGAUGGAACCACACUGAAGGGGAACCAAACAGCACCCUGUUUUAUUGGUAUACCUCAAAACCAAAACAGGAAUGUAUGAACUACAUCCAAGAAAAUGGCUAUAAUGUUGGUUGCUAUUUCUCAAAAGACAAAAUUAUCGAAUUUGAAGACUUUAACAUUUACAGAAAUGGAUCCAAUGACUCAGGAAAUAUAUCGUCUAGGAGCAAUUUCCAGCUGCAGAACCAAGUGAAACUCUAUCCUCCUACAAACCUGACGCUGAAUAUGUCGGAAAACAAUGAACUCCUUUUGAGCUGGGAACCACCAGCAAAGUUAUUGAAAUGUCGAAUGUAUGAAGUCCGGCACCGCAGUAAUAAGGAUAAAGAUUGGCAGGUGCAAGUCAUCAAUGCGCAAAAAAAGUAUGUUUUGUCAAGUGUAGAUCCAGAGAAAUUCUACACCUUUCAAGUGCGAAGUAAGAUUAACCAGUAUUGUGCCAGCGCUAAGCUGUGGAGUGAGUGGAGCCCAGCUAUUCAGUGGAGAAAAGAUCACACCCAGUCAGAGGGUUCAGCAGGUCUCCGUACUAUAAUCACAGUGCUUUCACUUCUUGGAUUAAUGUUACUUGUUGUUAUUGUCACAAAGAAUGAACGGUUGAAGGUAAUAAUCAUCCCAAAAAUACCCAAUCCAGGCAGAAGUUUUGAUCCUUUGUUCAACAAUCACAAUGGCAACUUUCAGGACUGGCUUGGUGUCCCAAAGGACGCGUUGGAAGGUUUUAAAUCAACCUACCGUGAGAAUGUGUGUAUCGUGAGCGAGUCACCAGUAAAUCCUUCCCUGACCAGUGCCCAUGGAUGGUCCUAUGAGCAGUGUGGAAUGACACAGAUCCCAGGAAAAGUUCCCAUUCUUGGCACCAAGGGAGAGAUUCAACCAAAAAACACCUCUCCUGCAAUGCUGUUUUCUGAUAUUGCCGUUUUUGUAGAGAGCAAUAGCUAUAGCAUCACCAAGUCCGGCUGAGGAGCAUAGCAGUGAGCAAGAAGUGACCAGAGGCAGAGAGAGAGCUGGCAGCAGCCUGAACAUUGUAACAUGGGAGCAUUUGAUUGUUAUUGUAUGGUGAUGUCAAUAGUGACUUAUAGCAGGCUGUUUCACAUUUUUAGCAUGCAGUUUGAUGAUUAAUUAGCAAGUGCUUUACAUAUAUUAUUAAUCUGUCUCCAGCUUACCUUUAAAACGAUGUGCAUACAAUUAAAGUAACUUAAUUUGAAUAUGAA